AUGUCGGUGGCCUUAGUAGCGAAGCACGCAAGAGACGAUAUGGCUGGACCAGAAUGGGAAGAGUCGGCCCGGAAAAGACAGCGUCCCAAUCCGCAGGAAGAACAGGAGGAACAGGAAGAUCACUGCGAACAAUCGUCGCAUUCGCACCACGCCCAGCACGUCCCAGACGCCUCGAAGGACAAGAGCAUCACGAUUGCUUCCACCGCGAAACAUGCUCGUAAAACCGUGGCCCCCUUCCUGGCCAAACACAUACCCUCGCAGUACGCACCCUUGAGCAAAUCGGGAAAUCCUGCUGGCACCUUUGAAGAGACCAAAGAUCCCAACUCAAAAUUCUGCUACCGCCACAGACCUGACGUGCUAUGUCGCCGACAAGCAGACGAACCGUCAAUGGACAAACUACAAAAGGGCUUGGAGGCCCUGUCUCAGGAAGACCGUCAAGGCAUCGUCCAGGUCUGGUCCCUGUUUUCGGCGGCGCCUUCGAAACACCGAAAUCUCAUGCUGCAAGGCAUCCUCGCACAGUGCUGCUUUCCCCAGCUAUCUUUCCUCUCUGCAAACGUCCGUGAGCUCAUCCGAAUCGACUUCAUCUCAGCACUCCCACCGGAGGUGGCAUUCCGCAUCCUCUGCUUCUUAGACACCACUUCACUGUGCAAGGCUGCGCAGGUGUCUCGAAGAUGGAGCCAGCUGGCAGAUGACGACGUUGUCUGGCAUCGAAUGUGUGAGCAACACAUUGACCGCAAGUGCACCAAAUGCGGCUGGGGUUUGCCGUUGCUUGAACGCAAGAUGUUGCGCGCGUCCAAAAGGCAAAUCGAACUUCGAGCCGCCGGCAAAUUGUCGCUUGAGGCUGGCCCGUCAGACAAUGCUGACAACGAACGAGGUGUUUCCGCAGCCUGUGACAUUGAGAACCAUGGUGACAAAUCCGACAUCGAGAAGUUAGCCGAUGGGCGCCUGUCUCCAGUAGCCAGCAGGAGACCGCCUCUUAGCUCCAGCGACAGUGAAUCCAGCAGGAAGACCCGGCCCUGGAAAGACGUCUACAAAGACCGAUUCAGGGUCGGCACUAAUUGGAAAUAUGGACGAUGCAGCAUCAAGAUCCUCAAGGGCCAUUCAAAUGGGGUCAUGUCACUACAGGUCUAUGAUAACAUCCUAGCCACUGGCUCGUACGACGCCACCAUCAAGAUCUGGAAUCUUGACACUGGCGAGGAGUUGAGGACAUUAAAGGGGCACGCCAUGGGCAUACGCUGCCUACAAUUUGAUGACAACAAGCUGAUUAGCGGGAGCCUCGACAAAACCCUCAAGGUCUGGAACUGGAGGACGGGUGAAUGCAUUGCCACAUACAAUGGCCACUCCGAGGGCGUCAUUGCGCUCCACUUUGACUCAAGCAUUCUAGUCUCGGGCUCCAUCGACCACACAGCGCGAGUAUGGAAUUUCCAGGACCGGUCAGUCUUUACCCUGCGCGGGCACACGGACUGGGUCAAUUCGGUAAAGAUCGAUACUGCGUCUCGCACCAUCUUUACCGCAUCGGAUGACUGUACCGUCAAGCUAUGGGACCUGGACACCAAGAAAUGUAUCCACACCUUUGAAGGCCACGUUGGCCAGGUUCAACAGGUAUUGCCACUUCCCCCGGAAUUCGAGGCGGACGAGGAGGAAGACCAGGCCGAGUCCGACCCUGGCAGCCCCAACAGUCAUUUGACGGUGGAUUCCGAGAACGGCGGCUUCUCCGCGUCCUUCCACACCGACCAUGCUGGCCUCUUCUGUUCUCAGCCCGACCGGCCCCAACCGCCUCGAUACAUGAUCACCUCUGCCCUGGAUUCGACCAUCCGGCUCUGGGACGUGCAUUCCGGCCGAUGUAUCAGGAAGUUCUUUGGCCACGUCGAAGGCGUCUGGGCUGUGGCCGCCGAUACUCUCCGGCUCGUCUCCGGCUCGGAAGAUAGCAUGGUCAAAGUCUGGGACCCCCGAUCCGGGAAAUGUGAACGCACCUUUACCGGUCAUGCCGGCCCUGUCACCUGUGUUGGGCUGAGUGAUAGCCGCAUGUGCAGUGGUGGCGAGGACGGCGAGGUCCGCGUCUACAAUUUCACGGCCUGA